AUGUCUCUUCCAGCAACUCAACUCGGCGUGCUAUCAACCAACACCUCUCAAACCCUCCAAUCCUUCCCUGUGCCUUCCCCAGGACCAAACGAAGUCCUCAUUCAAAACGUCGCAGUCGCCGCAAAUCCUAAAGACUGGAAGGUUCCGCAAUGGAUGCCUAAUUAUUCGGGAAUCGAGGGAAAUGACGUUGCAGGGUACAUUGUGAAAGUCGGUGAGGGAGUGAGGGAGUUUAAGGGUGGCGAGAGGGUGGCUGCGUUCAGCAAGAUGCGUACGAUGGACCCUAAGUACGGAGCAUACGCACAGUACACAGUGGCACUCGCUUCCAAUACCUUCCCAAUUCCAGAAUCAAUCUCAUUCGAAGAAGCAUCUACUCUACCACUCGCGGUUAUGACAGCUGCAAUUGGACUCUUCAAGCGCCUUGGGAUUCCAGAGGCUGCUACUGGUGAGCAGAAAGGCAUCAUCGUGAACGGAGCGUCUUCUUCAGUUGGAGCAUACGUUGUCCAACUCGCGAAGCGUGCCGGCUUAUUCGUUAUCGGUAUUGCCGGAUCAUCGAAGGACUACGCCAAAAGCCUUGGUGCGGAUGUUAUAGUCGAUUAUCGCGAACAUAAAGGUGAUGCUCUGGAACAAGCCCUCAUCUCUGCCUCCACGGGCCACAACGUCGAAUAUGUCUACGACGCUAUAACCGAAAACCAAUCAACUCUCUUUCUCUCUCGCGUCCUGGCCAAGGUCUCUCCGACAGGAAAGGGAAAAGUCACAUACGUACUCAUGCCGAGCGAGGAUGAGCUUAAGCAGAUUCCGCAGGGCAUCGUAGCAGAGAGGACUGGUGUACACACUGCGUAUGGUGAAGACGAGGAGUUUGCAGCUAGAUAUUACCGUCAAAUUGGCCAAUGGCUCGCCCAAUCUCCGAGCAACCCAACGCCCUUCAAGUCCAACCGCGUGAAAGUCUUGCCGGACGGACUUGCGAGCGUGCCAAAGGGACUUGAGCUCCUGAAGACUGGCCAAGUGCAUGGAGAGAAACUGGUCUAUCGCAUUGAGGAGACUCCAGGAGUCAAACAAUUUGCGAAGGCUUAA